CUCUCUCACUGUUUUUGGAGAUUUUUCAGUGCCGUUUCUUGGAAUUCUUGAAGACCUCCUUCCGCCUUCCAUGGAAUCCAUCUUCCUCGAGAUCAGCUUGAUCUCCGCCCAGGGCAUGCGGCCGCCGCCGGGGCGCCGCCGCCUGCAGACCUACGCGCUCAUCUGGGUCGACCCUGAGAUCAAGCUCCGCACGCUCGUCGACCGCGACGGCGGCCCCAACCCUACCUGGAACGACAAGUUCCUCUUCCGCGUCCCGCGAAGCUGCCUCGCCGACGACUCCCCCUCCGCUGUGUCCAUCGAGUUCUACGCCUCCGGCGGCCGGUACCUCCCUGACUCCGUCAUCGGCUCCGUCCGCCUGCUCGUCGGGACCCUCCGCCUCCUCUCCCGCCGCCCCGGCCGCGCCGCCUUCGACGCCGUCGGGAUCCGCCGUCCCUCGGGCCGAAUCGAGGGCGUGCUCAACGUCGCUGCGGCCGUCCUAGGCAGCGUCUCCGUGGUCGCCGCCCGGGCCCUCGAGCUCCGCCCCGCAGUCGGGUACCGCGAGCUGAUGGAGGUGCCCCCCAAGAAUCGCCGCCGCCGCCGCGGCGAGGGUGGGCCUGUGCUUCAGGAGUUGAAUCAGGCCUCAGCGGCCGAAGAGGGAUCUCCGGCGGCGACGUUCUGCUGCGGGCCGUGUGUGCUGGACUUCUCGAGGUCGGCGCGGCAUCCAGAUGGGAACGCCACGGCAUCCAAGGACCAGAAUCUCCCCCUGUGACCUCGAGAUCGACGACGGGUCAGAUCACCGCACAAUCUGAACUCAGAUUUGGAACAAUUGAAGGCCGAAUUGGGAAUGUCUGACGGUUCGAUAGACCUCCUGCGAGUGAAUCGCGAACGUGCUUGCAAUGCUUCCAUCGCGGAGUGAAACGAGGUCAGGAAUUGAUGAAUUAAUGCCCUACACCGCAAAAGUAACUAUUGAUUACCAUUCUCCUGAAACUAAUUUAGUUAGUUCUUUUAGAUUUUGUUUUGUGAAAUGCAAUGUGUUCUUAGGAUUGAUGUUUGGGGAUGAAAACUCUGUUUUUUCUUUUUCUUUUCAAACUCUUAUCUUGAUGCUAUGGAGUGUUCUGAGGAAUAUGGACAUCGAGUGAAUAAUGUUCGUGUUGUUCUGUAGAACACACUUCUUGAUAU